AUGAAAAGACCUUACCUUGAGGAAUUCUUGAAAUCAUCAUACGAGGAUUACGAUAUUGCGAUUUGGUCACAAACAAGCUGGAAAUGGAUUGAAAUUAAAUUAACAGAAUUAGGUUUAUUAACAAACCCAAACUUUAAAAUAGGUUUUGUUCUUGAUCAGACAUUGAUGUUUUCAGUAACUACAUAUCGACCGGUACCAGGUAAAAGUAAAGAUAGAACUAAAAUCAAACACCAAGUUAAAGCGUUGGAUAUCAUUUGGAGUCAUAAAACACUUGGCCAAUAUUAUUCAGCUCAAAACACUUUACAUGUUGAUGAUUUAAGUAAGAAUUUUGCAAUGAAUCCAAAGAAUGGUGUACACAUUCCAGCGUUUAAAAGAAAAGAACCACGGUCACAAUCAGACAAUGUAUUAUUAUUUUUAUCAAAAUACCUAAAGAUUGUAGCAACUGAGACUGAUUUAACAAAAUUAAAUCAUAAUGAAUGGACUAAAAAAGUUUAA